AUGACCACCACCGCCGUUGCCGCCCACACCGCUCAGGAGUUUCGCGCCGCCACGGAGCGGGCCGCCGUGUACCCUGGCGACGCGGGCAUCCUGCGUCUCACCGGCGAGGACGCCCGCGACCUGCUCAACCGCCUGUCCACCAACGAGAUCGACCCGGAGGCGCCGGCCGGCGAGGUCGCGGUGACCGUGCUGACCAGCGACCGCGGCCGCAUCGUCGACCUGGUGUACGUCAUCCACCGGGGCGACCACCAACUCGUGCUCACCAGCCCGGGCCAGCAGCAGAACGUCAUCGACUUCCUGGACAAGUACACCAUCAUGGAGGACCUGGAGGUUGAGGACGUCACCGAUAGCGCUGCGCUGCUCACGGUGACCGGGCCGGACGCCGCCGACAUCCUGGGCGGGGUCCCGCACGAGGAUGCCCUGGUGGUGGAGCCUCCGACGGACUCCGACGACCCGGAACGCAUGUCCACCCGCUACCUGCUGUGCGACGACCCUGACGGCGCCGGGCGAAUCACCGCCGACCUAGAAGCGGCCGGCGCCGUGAGCAUCAGCGCGGAGACCGCCGAAACCCUGCGCAUCGCCCAGGCACGGCCGGCGCACGGCAGCGAGAUGAGCGACACCUACAACCCGCUGGAGGCCGGCCUGGUCGGGGCCAUCGACUUCCACAAGGGCUGCUACAUCGGCCAGGAGGUCAUCGCGCGGCUGGACACCUACCAGAAGGUGCAGAAGUACCUGGUGUCCCUGAGUUUCGACGCCGACCCGGCCCAGGCCGGUGCGCUGCCCGGGUCGCGCCUGGUCAACGACGAGGGGGCGGCGAUGGGAGUGGUCACCUCCGCGACGGUGGUUCCCGCGGCGGAAGGCGCGCGCCUCAUCGGGCUGGGCUACGUGCGCACCGCGGCGGUGCAGGUCGGCGGGACGCUGCAGGCGAUUUCCGACGACGGCGAGACCGAUGUCGCCGCGCGCAUCACCGCCCAGCCGUUGCUGUUCGGCGGGGAGAAGCCGGGGCCGGCGCACUAA